AUCUUCUGACACUUAGCGUUAAAAUACUUACAGCUAAACAAAAUUUCUGAUAAUCUGAUAUUCAUAGUAGUUUAAACAGCAUUCUUUGAGUAUCUGAAGUGAUGUUGGUCAACAUUAAAUAUAAAUAUUGAACUACAGUAAAAUAACACCAACAUUGUAGCAGUCCUUCCUUUACUUUUAGUACAGUGUUUAUUAAAGUAUCAAACCUAUGAUGAUUCUUCUUCUGGUUCAUCAGAGCUGUCAGAUAGAGACGAACUUCAACCUUUGACAACUGACAUCAGUAUCAACUGUACUGGAUUCAAUCAAUCUACUUGUUACACAAGCUAAACAGCAAAUACACAUCGAUGGAACUGGAAUGUCUUACAACCUCUCCUGGACCAAUAGACUGUGCAGAUGUUUUCCUUAAUGGACACCGUAGUAGUGGAGUGUACCGUAUCUGGCCCAAGUCAUGGAUGUUUACAGGAAGUAUUGAUAUUUACUGUGAUAUGGACACUGAUGGAGGAGGUUGGAUAGUGAUCCAGAGACGAGGGGAUUAUGGAAACCCCACAGAUUACUUCUACAAAUCAUGGCAAGAAUUCAAAAUGGGGUUUGGAGACAUAGAGAAAGAUUUUUGGCUGGGAACAUAUUCAACCAAGUUUGAUCUGAGAGACAAGGAAAUUGAAAAACGCUUUACCCUCUAUCGGGAGCUUAGGAUGGACAGUGAAGACCUAUACUAUCGUCUACAUGUUAAAUGUUACACAGGAGAUACAGUCUGGCUGCUACAGCUGGAGAACAAACGCCGAGACAAGAUGAGGACUGGAACAAGUAAAAUUGUAUAUAACUAUAUUAAACCUAACCAAAGCUUUUUGCAGUAUCCCACAAUUCUAGAUCACCUAUUUCAGUGACGAUUGUAGUUGUACAUGUUCAUGAAACAUUGACUAAGAGUUCAGGUCAUAUAAGAUGUUUGUGUUUCAGAUCACAGAUUACCCGAAUUAGACUUAUCAUCUAAUUUUGAGAGAAAUUAGUUCCUAUUGAUUGAAAAAGCAACUGAAAUGGCAUUUUC